GGAAGAAAAAAGAGAGUAGGAAGAAAAACAAAAGAAAGAAAGAAAGAGAAGGCAUCGCCGAAGGUAGGAGCGGGGAGAGAGAGAGAGAGAGAGAGAGAGAGCAAAAGAAGAGGUCUUUCUCAAAGCACGGAUCCCAACGGAAUGCAGGAAGGAUGCCCAACAUUACUUGCUGGAACUCAUUCCCUUUGUUUACUAGUUUAAAGGCACUUGCUUUCUUCUUCUUUUUCAAAGAGAGAGAAAAUGCAUAGAUUUAUCCAGUCAAGUGUUUAGAUUUUCUCCCAGUCGAAUCCUGCAGCCACUAAACAACAAAAUAGCAAAACCCAGUUUCAAAAUGGAGGAAACACCAUAGGGUUCUUUCAUUCUUUGUGUAUGAUGAUUAGUUUAUUCGUUACCCAAUGAUUGAGUAAGGGGAAAAAAAAAACUUGAGCCAAGAAUCUGUCUGGAAAAAGGAGAGUCACAGCAAGAAAAUGAAGUCCAUGGGUAAUGAUACUAACACCAAUAGCAAUAACAUUAACAAUAGCAACAACUGGUUAGGGUUCUCUCUGUCUCCUCAAACCCAUCCCUCCUCUAGUUCUGUCACCAAUUCACUCCCAACAAGCUUUUUCCAUUCUUCUGCUCAGUUCAACUACUCUGGUGUUCCUUACGGAGUUGAGAGUGAAAAUGGUGGAUUUUACUCUCCUUUGACUGUUAUGCCCCUCAAAUCUGAUGGUUCACUCUGUAUAAUGGAAGCCCUCACCAGGUCACACCCCCAAGGAAUGGGAACAACUUCAACACCAAAACUGGAGGACUUCUUUGGUGGUGCAACAAUGGGGACCCAUCAUUAUGAAACCAGGGACAGAGAAGCCAUGGCUCUAACCUUGGACAGCAACCACAUGUACUACAACCAGAACCCAGAUCACCAACAGCAGAUCCAACCCCAUAACUACCCAGAUUCCAUCAGAGGGCAUGAGGUGUACCAAGCACCACUAGCAAUGGCAGGUGAUGAAAUUACUGGGAUGAGGAAAUGGGUUUCUAGGAAUUUCACACCUGGUCAAGGAAUGGGCGAAAAUGGGGGAGAAUGUGGCUCCAUGAGCAGUGGCAGUACUUUAGGGUAUGGAGAUUUACAGUCUUUGAGCUUGUCUAUGAGCCCUGGGUCCCAGUCAAGCUGUGUAACUGGUUCACAACAACAGCAGCAGCAGCAGCAGCAGCAGAUCUCACCCAUUGUGACCGAGUGUUUGGGCAUGGAAACAAAGAAGAGGGGUUGCGAAAAGGUGGAGCAGAAGCAGAUUGUUCAUAGGAAAUCUAUUGAUACAUUUGGACAGAGGACUUCACAGUAUAGAGGUGUCACAAGGCAUAGGUGGACUGGAAGAUACGAAGCUCAUCUUUGGGACAACAGUUGCAAGAAAGAGGGCCAAAGCAGGAAAGGAAGACAAGUUUAUCUGGGGGGUUAUGAUAUGGAAGAAAAAGCUGCUAGAGCUUACGAUUUAGCGGCACUCAAGUACUGGGGAGCCUCAACUCAUAUCAAUUUUCCGUUGGAUAACUACCAACAAGAACUCGAAGGAAUGAAAAACAUGACUCGGCAAGAAUAUGUUGCUCACUUAAGAAGAAAAAGCAGUGGCUUCUCAAGGGGGGCUUCUAUAUACAGAGGAGUAACAAGACAUCAUCAACAUGGACGUUGGCAAGCUCGGAUCGGCCGAGUUGCCGGAAACAAAGACCUUUAUUUAGGCACAUUCAGUACCCAAGAAGAAGCAGCCGAGGCCUACGACAUAGCGGCAAUAAAAUUCCGCGGCGUCAACGCGGUCACCAACUUCGACAUUUCAAGGUACGACGUCGACCGCAUCAUGGCAAGCAACACCCUUCUAGCCGGCGAGAAUGCUCGUCGGAUCAAGGAGAUCGAGUCCGCUACACCCGUCCCCAUCCGCAGUUGUGAUCCUUCCGUUGCUCCGAACCAUCCCUUGGGAGAAUCCGCUCCCCAGAGCGAGCACAACAGAAGCGAAUCCGUUUGGAAAAUGACGAGUUACAAGAACUAUUAUCAGGAUUUGAACGACGCGGGAAAGGUGGUGGUGAACCCGGCGUCGAACGCGUCGUCGUUGGUGACUAGUUUGGGGAGCUCAAGAGAAGGUAGUCCUGAUAAACAACAGCAGAGUAAUAGCCUUCCGUUGGUUCUCGCAAUGCCCCCAACGGCGUCCAGUAGUGAUAUGAGUUCUUGGAUCUCCUCAAGUCAGCUGAGGCCUCCCGGGAUUUCCUUGCCCCAUGUGCCGGUGUUUGCUGCGUGGACUGAUGCAUCAUGAGAGAGAGAGAGAGAGAGAGAGAGAGAGAGAGAGAGAUGGUAUAGUAGGUGUAAUUUUCUUAAAUUCCUGAAUUAGUGGCUGGGAUUGGGGGUAAAAUGGGUUAACUAUUUGGGAAAAUGGGUUCCAGAAUUUCCAAACUCAAUCCUUCUAACUUAAUAUUGACGCUUGAAUUGCACGAGGAAA